CGUUCUGUGAUAAAACGAUUCGGUUUUAGUGUAAUUUUAUAUAAACCAGCCACUUGGCGUAAAAUAACCCGCUUUGUACUUAAACUCAAAUAAAUAUUUUAUGCAACGUGUUGUCAUUUUUUCCUGUCAUGUUCGACGUCACGACACAAUCAACCCCCACACACGCAACAUCUCCCCUCUCAAAAAUGCCAGAAGACUUCGACUAUGUGGUCGAGCGUAAGCCCCCACACCCCAUCUGCUUCGGCUCGAAGCUCGCCCGCAACACAGCCCCCAUCGGCAAGAGCCUCUCCCCCUUCCAGAAGAUGGCAGCCCCCGAAAACAACCCCCUUACUGGCCCCGGCCACUACAAAACGGAAAAGUACAACUGCGCCCUCAACCGCCUCGUCAACAAAAUCAGGAGCAAUAAGGGUGUGGGGCCCUUGGCCAGCGACGACCCCAGGUUCAAAGACAAGAUUUUCAUGCGCACGCCGUCGCCCACGAGGUACAACCCGGGGGGCGCAGUGGGGGCGAAGCGACAAGGCGGGGCCCCGUUUGGGUCGAAGACGCGACGGCUGACCACCAUUGAGCAUAAGCUACCAGGGCCGGGUACUUACGAUAUUGCCUCGAAAAAGUGUAGAAGGACCAGAUUUAUGUAUAAUUUCGGGCGUCCGAGCAUGAUUUCGUCAAUUGAAAUUAUCUGUGUUGAUAGACCGAGUGAUGCUUGCGUUAAGUGCGAGCAAAUUUGUGCUGGGGAUUAUUGGCACAAAGAUUAUACCGUUUUUUUGUGCCAUUUGUGCUGGGAGGAGGAAAAAAGAGGCAGGGAGUUGUACAACGAAAAGGAAUUAAAUACGUUCCAGAAAAUCCGCAACUGUUCAUUUGCCCACAACCACGAAGGCACGUCUGCUGCGAUACGUUUACUUCCACCACAAAAAAUCAACAAAAAAUUACGCUUGGAAAAUUAUUUAGACCUUUAUAUUAAAUGUUGAUCACUUUUAA